AAUAAUUCAAUUUUAUUUAAUAGAGAAAAAAACUAAAGCAUGCAAUAUUUGGCCGCCUUAAAGGCUAACAUAGGAGCCGAAAUCGUUGCUCGCGAUUUUGUUCAAGAGCUGGUUUUGGCUUCCCUACAAACUGGUGAUCUUAAUUUGGAUUUGGCUUGUAGUUUUGUAAACAAUUCUUUGCUGGCCAUUGGCAUACAAGGACAAAUAACCCCUGAACAAGUGGAAGAAGCAAAUGAAGGUCGCUCUAAUUACCAAUGGCCAGCGGAACAAUUACAAAUCUAUAGCUUUCCCUAUAAUAAAUUUGAAUUUGCCCGAGUGGAAAAGUUUUUGCAGGAUUUAUGCAAAGAAGUUGAUAAGCAAAACGAUGAUUAUAUUGAAACUUUGGAUGCAGAAGAUAAUAAUGAUGAAGGGGCAGAAGGUAGCGAUAACUUGUCUCCCUUGGAGCUACUAAUGCACAUGAUGGCUGUUUGGUGUAGUGUUUACAAACAUUUGCUUAAGGAGAAUACCUGGGGAACGGCACAGAUGUUUGAAGAACCUCUGGCCAGGAUAAAUGUUUGCCUAUUGGAGGGCAUUCAUAAGUUACGCAAAAAGUAUCGUUCUGUGUUUCCUGUGCUGGACAACAUUUGCAGUCGGCUAUAUCUAAGUGCAAUGCAGGGAUUAAGAUAUAAACAAUCAAAUGAUAAAAUAUUCUCACAACUGCUUGAACUCAUGUGUGAAGAUUUGGAUUUUUUUAAAGAAAAUGAAAUCAUGGAAUUCUUUUAUGAAGUAUGCAGCUUAGAGUAUUGGCCUUCUAUACUCAAAUUAUAUGAACAUUUGCAAAAAAUGCUCAACGAACUUGAGGGAACAAGUUUGAAAAUUUUAACAAACGUACUAAUACAUGAGAAAAUGCUAAAAGUCUACUUUACGGUUAUGGUUAGCCGGCGGUCAUCUAGGUAUGAUGUCAAACAACAAGAGGGAGUGCUAAAAUUAUUGCAAAUUUUGCAAGGCAAGCUUUUGACAUUGGAUUGCUUCUCACAUGUGUUUAUUGAAGCUAUUUUGAAUUUGGUAUUGUCUCCUAAAACCAACAUAUCGAUCUUGGCUAGCAAUGUCUACUUGGCCCUAAUGCAGCGUAGAGUAACGGACAAUUUGAUUUUAAUGCAUAUACUCGAAUUUUAUUUGGAUCAUGUGACUUCAGUACUUAACUUUAAGGAAUUUGUUAUGCGAUUCUAUAAAAAUUUCCCUUAUAUAGCUAACAUUGCUCAUUUAAUAGAACUUGCUUCGAACAAUGAGUAUUCGUAUGAUUUACAUUGUCUAAGCUCUCACAUAGCAGUUACAAUUGUGGAACUUAUAUUCGAGUUAGAGGAAUCUCCCAUGGAUAAAGUUGAACCCAUGCUACUAGUGCUGCCAGAGAUGCUUGAUUGCGUGGAUAAUCAACAGUGCAUUGGAAUAGUAUGGGGUCUAUUCAAGCAUGUGCCAUUGGAAGGUCUCAAACAACAGACCCUGGAUCAUUUAAUUCAUUAUGGCUUAAAGAUAUUCGAAUGCGUGGAAAAUAAAUUUGAAUAUUCAUUGCUAAUGAAUAUCUUCAUCAAUUUACAUCACUGCAUACAGAUCACAAAUAAUUGGGAACAGUUGGAGUUAUUAAGCGAUACGCUCGCAAUUAAAUUUGAUAAAUUGAUGAGCAUAUUAAGGAGAAACAGGGACGAUAACAGAAAUGAUCUACCCCUACACUUUUAUCGCGAUUUGGAUGGUAUUCUAAAGCGCUUUAAUAUACUUAUGAAAACUAAAUAUGAUCUUAUUGAAUUUCCCAUGGGCGUUAUAAAAUCAUUGCAACAAUAUGUUCUAAUGGAAGAUGCCUUGCUGCCUCCAAAAACACAAGAUUCAUUCAUGGAUAUUUAUGCCUUGGAAAUUUGUGUAUCCGGUUUUUUAAAAGUUUUAAGGCGAGAAAAUCCUGAAUACCUAACCACUUCAAAUAGUUUCACCAAAGCCUUGGAGUUGUCUAAAUAUUUGGAGAAGUGUUUAAAGAAUAUUAAAGAUUUUGUGAAAAUUCCUGCCUUUCGUUUGAAAGCUUAUAUUUGUGGUCUACUAAAUUUGUACCAGUACAUUCCUAUAGCCCUCAGCCAAUAUCAAUUUAUAACAAAUAUUUUAAUAUCAUUGCAACAAAUAUCGACUGCCGAACUCAACUCAAAUGUUGUGCCUAAUGAAAUCCAAUUAUCGCAUCCAAUGCAAACUUUAAAAUGGUAUCGUGUAAUGUUCUUGCAUUACAUAGAACUGCAUAAAUAUCAGCAUGUUGAAAUUAAAUCCAAUAUUGUGUGGAAGCUAUGUAUCAAUUAUGGCAAGCCCCACAAUAAAUUCAACGAGGAAUUACAGCAACUACUCAUUACAUUGAUCACUUCAAGAUUCAAUAUCUAUAAACACAUCAUUGCUGUGGUGAUUUACAACCUUUAUAAGCAGCAACCGCCAUUGAAGAACGCUGCCAUAGUGUCGCUUUUGAAGAAACAUAAACAUUUAAUUGAUAACGAGGCAAGCGUUGAAUCAAGGGACUUAUUGAAAAUCCACAUUGUUCUCCUGGUAUUAGAAAUUGUCGAAAAGGCUUUGAGUGUGCUCAAAGGCAAUAGUCAACAAAAUCGUUUGCUGGCCUUAAAGAAUUUGAACAUUUUUCUAGAAGACACACACCUAAGUGUAGCACAAGCCAAGGAUCUAAUAUUGGAGCAAAUUGCUGUCUUCGAUAAAUAUGCCAUAACAAGAGAGGAAACUGAAAUAUUGCAAAGUUUCAAGACAGAUGUGCUGGGCAAUCGUUGAAACAACUUAUCACUAAUGCAUUUUUUUACCUAUACUAUAAAAUAAUAAUAUUAUUAUUAUCUUGUUAAGUA